AUAUUUUUAUUCUUCAAUAUGUCUAUCAACAUUUUGUGCAGAUAUAACAUCACAUACAAAAAUUAGUAAUACCAUUGCUGUUUUUUAUCACACCCUAAUCCUCUAUCCCCUAUUAUACCAACCAUUCAACACAACAAAGUACAGAUGAUCUUUUAAAAUAAAUCAUAAAAGUUAAAUAAGGUAGUUAUGAAAUAAUACAGUAAAUGUACAAAAAGAAAAAUUGGUUAUGCCUCUUCUGCUUCAAGAUCAGUAGUAUCAAUAUAAUUCUACAAAAGUUUCCAUUCAUUUAUUGAUUCAUUUUCUUUUCGGCUUAGUCUCUUUAUUACUCUGGGGUUGCCACAGCGGAAUGAAACGCCAACUUAUAAAGCGCAUGUUUUACGCACCAGAUGUCCUUCCAGCCACAACCCAACACUGGAAAACACCCAUACACUCUUGUAUUCACACACAUACACUACGACCUUCUUGCUUUGAGGCGAUUUUGCUAAUGAUUUUCAAUGUCUUUUAAAUUAAAGCUAAACUAUUUGUUAUAAAGAGUAUUUAAGAUAACUAUUGUUUUAUCUAAUACAAACUAUUUGCAUUUGCAAAUAAAAGGCUGUUGCGACAAGUGACAGUAGCCAGCAUGCGCCUGUAGCUGAUAAAUACUGCUGGGGGGAGGGUAAGGGUAAUAUCAGUAAUUGCUACUCUAAAGUGAAUGCACGUCUUAAUUGUAGCUUGGCUAAUAACAGUUAAUGACUAGAAAUAACAAAUAAUAGUGGAGUCAAAUAAACAAAACCACUAUGUUCAUAAGAUAUGUUUAAAUGUCAAGUGUUUUCUUUCUGUGCUUUACCUUAUUUUGUACUCUUUGAGAUUUCUGAUUAAUAUGCAUUUCAUGUGACGCUUGUGUGUUUGCCUUCUGUUUUCAUCAAACCUCAUGUUGCAGAUUAGAGAAUAGAAGAGAUGUAAAGAAAAUGCAUUUUGCAAUCACAAACACAUAUGUUGUUGAUUAGACAGCUCUCAAUUGUCAGGCUUCAUGUCAUUAUAUGGUGUGUGAGUGUAUGUGUGUCAAUUUGUGCAAAUGUGACAGGUUCACACAUACCAUAUUGCUGUGCAAUGGAAGACAAACAUAAACAAACCAAAAAAAAUUAAAAUGCUAAUCACCAAGUAAAAAAAUGUGUUCAGUUUUUUUUUUUGUUGUGCAAUUAAAUUGAGUUAAAUAUAGUAUACACUUUUAUGAUGUAUAUUAAUCAAAUUAAUCUUAUUAAUCAAAUAUAUGCUUAGACAAUGAACGAAUGAAUGAGUCAAUCAACAUUUUACUCUGCCGACCUUCACUGCCUAUUGAUGAUUUAUGUUUUUCUAAGUAGAUUCACAGAGAGAAAGAAAGUCAAACAGGUUUGGGUGCGAGUGAAGGAUGACAGAAUGCUUUUUCUAGGUAAACUAUACCUUAAUAGCACUGUUUGACAGUCUGUAAGCCAUUUUGCAGCUAUUCUACCUGUUGAUGUAAAUACAGCAAAUCUGAGUCAAAGAAUCUAAAACAAUGAUAAAGCAGACAUCUGUUCUUAGAUGCCAACCAUGUUAUAUCUUUCCAUGAUGCGCAGCCUAUAUGAACAGUUUGCUUAUUCGCCGGUUUGCUAUGAUGAAUCGACCUCACUGCAUGAGCUGACGCAAAUGACCCUGCACUCUUUGAAGAACUCUUUCAAAACGAACAUGGCGGCAACUUAACAUCUGGCAAAAUGACUUUGGAUCCUUUGGCGAGGAAAGAUCCCACCUUGUCGGACCGAGGAGGCGAAAUUCGGCGUGGUGAAACGAGGAGUCCUUGCGCUUUUCUCCAGAAUCAGAGCGAGCGGCCAGACAGUGGCUUUUCCGUGUUGUAGCGGCUCUGCGCAAACGGUAAGAGCGGAACCCAUGACAGACGAGCAGGGAGAGACAUGUUGCUACAGAUAGCUGGGUUUUUCUCCGGAGGAGGACGGAAAGAGGGGAUACGACAAUGAAACCAAUAAUCCCCCUGAACACAGCGACUGAUCGGAAAUUGCAGUUAAUCGCGGAGGUGAGCAACGAACGCUCGUUAGCCAUCGUUUAGUAGGCAAAACUCAAGGCAGAUCUCCCGUCAAUGACUAUUGUGGCAGAAAAGCCCUCACGGUGGAGUCAGCCAGCGCUGCGCUUUCCUAAAAUAUGACCAGCGGUGCUCGAAAGUGUCGGCAGCGAGAUAACGGCUUAAAAAAUUGGUGUGCUCCCCGCGAGAACGAGAAGCCAUUCACCGACUCCGAGAGGGCCCAGCGAUGGCGACUGUCCUUAGCGUCCCUCUUAUUUCUAACCGUUCUGCUUUCUGAUCAUCUGUGGUUCUGCGCCGAGGCCAAAAUGACAAGGACCCGAGACAAGUUAGCAUCAGAGGACAUGAGCGCAAACCACAGACCCGACCUCCAUCCAACACACAGCAGCCUCAGAAGAAACGAAGAUGCUAUUUUUGUAGUCAAUUCUACCAAACCUUUGUGGCAACUUGAAACUUGCCAAACGGAUAGUUUGUCUGAAAACUGCUUCACUUUUGUCGACGCCGACCACUUGUGCAGGGGCCUUUCGGAAACGGAGGGGACGCGGUGGGUGAACAUGAGCGAUUUGUACCUUUCCUUUUGUAAUUCGUACUCCCUUAUGGAUUUGCUUUAUGGAUCAUUAAGUCCGGACAAUUUGAACUGCAGCCUCGACGCGGUCAUGGACGGCGAUCAAAACAGAUGCAGUCUGUGUGUUCAAGCAUACCAGCGUUACGACCUGCACGCACAGGAGAAAUAUGAGGAAUUUGAGAUGAUGACAGACAAAUACGAGACGGAUGUGUACUCAGUAAGGACCUGCAUGGAAGAAUGCAAGACUGUCUACAAGCCCUGGCUCUGUGCUCAGUAUUUCCAGAGCCCUCGGUCAGCCUGCAGUCAUAAGAUUCCAUGUGAGCAGUACUGUCUUGAGGUACAGCAGAGGUGUCCAUUCAUAUUGCCUGACAAUGAUGACCUCAUACACGGUGGCACUCCCAGUUUUAUAUGUACAGGGCUUUCAAAAAGACCAGACACCAACCAAGAGCCAGAGUGCUGUGAUGUGCGAUGGGACCAGAUGUCCAACAACCUUUCCCGCGGCACUUUAAAAAGAACUCAACCUUCCUGCCAGCACACAUCCGUGACCUCUUCGGGGGCUCCACGGCUUGGACACAGCCGGCUAAAGCUUUGCUUGCUGGUCCUAGUUCUUCUUCACACUGUGGCUACCAUGACGGCCAAUCAGAACUCAACCUGCCUGACCACCAUCUUUCCAUUGGAUGACAAUGCCCCCAGAGAAGAGUGAUUGGACAAGGCUGGGCUGUACAGGCAAAUCUGCACUCUCCAAUAGAUCUCGCAUUGGGCUUGUCAAAAAGAAGCCCCUUACUCAGAGAGAAGCUGAGUGUAUUGGGUCUAUGUGAGCUAACGAUCUCAACAAGACAACACUUACAGUAACAGGACUUGUCAUCAGCACCUUGUGGGGUUUAGGAAAAAAGCGAACAGAACACAGGAGUAGCAGAGGACAAAAGAUGAGCAUAAUAUGAAUAGUCAGUCCCAACAGAGACUUCUCACUCUCUCCUGAAAUGCACACACUCACACACACAGUCAAAAUGCCAUUUCACUUUGCACUAGGAGAUUAUCUAACUUUCCCUUUUUAGUUUCAGCUGUUAUUUUCAUUUCAAGAUGGUUUACAAUUCUGUUCAGUGGUUUCAGAGCAACCUGGAA